AAAACUUGAACAAUGUAAAAAAACAAAAAACAAAAAAAAAACUAAGAUAGAAAAGAUGAUUUGAGAUAUUUAAGGAAAAUAUUCAACAGAAACAUUAGCGAAGAUGUAAGAAAUAUAUUUAUUAGAAAUUAUAAUCUGCAAUCUUCUGAUGUUUUUUUACUUCAAAUCAGAGAACAUAUAAUCUUUGACAUCAGUAUCACAAAAUAAACACCUUUAUCAAAGAAAAUGUUCUCAUACAAUGAGGAACUACAGCAGAGGUGUCAAACUCAUUUUAGUUCAGGGGCCUCAUAUACAGUAAAGUUUGAUCUCAAAUAGGUCGAACCAGUAACAUGAUACUGUGUUAACCUAUAAAUCCAAUGUUUCCAAUAAAUCCAAAUGUUUCCUCAGUGUGUUGUUUUAGUGCAAAUAAGCACUAUUACAAAACAUGUAAUGCGUAAUGGGACAUUUCUUAGAAAAAACAAAUGUCUGUUUAGUUGUAAGUCUCAGUGUUGCGUUACGUCCACAACUCUGACUAAAACUGUGUGAACCCCCGGAAUGAGUGUUUGACACCUGUGAACUAGACUGUAGAUAAAGACUCCUCCUACUCCUUUAAAAUUAAAUGGGAAGUGUAUUCUUAACAAAACACUGUCAGAGAUAAAGAUGAGGAACGAGGAAACGUUGAUGAGACGAUUGAACUAACUCCAUCAAGUCAAGAUCUGGACACAUUUACCAGAAUGAGCCCUCGACAGAGCUACGUAGAAGGUGAAGCUCCUGCUUCUCAACCAGUAAAACCAAAGAGAGGGUCAAAGGUCACAUGGGCCCUGCUGGUGGUCUGUGUUCUCCUGGCAGCUGCUCUCAUCGUCAUUUGCCGUCUCUCUGUAGAUAACUGGAGAACCAACAAAAAUCUCCAGACACUGAUGAAAGAGAAUGAAGUUUUGAAGAAGAACAUCACAGAGAGUCAAUGUAAAACUCCACCAGUUGUGCAGCCUACAUGUCCAACACCUCCAGUAUUGAAUGAACCAUGUCACAUAUGUGAAGCCGACUGGGAGCAACAUGGAGGACAGUGCUAUUAUUUCUCCACCAAUAAAUCAACCUGGAACCAGAGCAGAGAUGAAUGUAGAGGUAGAGGAGGAGACCUGGUGAAGAUAGACAGCAGAGAGGAGCAGAUAUUCCUGGAGGGAAGACUGAGAGACAAAAUGACUGAAGCUGAGGACAAGUUCUGGAUCGGACUGACAGACUCACAGACAGAGGGGACAUGGUUGUGGGUGGACGGCUCAGCACUGACUACAGAUACAAGUUUGACUUUUUGGGCCAGGCAAGAACCAGACAACUGGACAGGGCACAAUAAUGAAUAUCCAGAAGGACAGGACUGUGCGAGGAUGGGGGAGAGAGGAGGAGCUGCUGACCUGAAGUGUUGGUUUGAUAAAUCCUGCAAAGUUCCUCAUAAAAGUAUUUGUGAGAAAUAAGGAAAACGUGGAAAAUUUUUAAAAGUUUGUACAGUCUAAGAAAUAAUCUCAGUACAGAAGGUGGAGUGAUGCUGGUUUUAUAACGUCACAAACAUUUAAAGUUAAUCUCAAGACAGUAAUACUCUCCUAUAUUUUGUUUUUCUGUCUUUCUUUUUUUUUGCAGCUUAACAAUUUACAAGAAAUAUUUCACUCAAACCGUUUAGACAUGACAGAUCCAAUAGUUGGGUGAUAAAUGUAAAAUAAAGUGUGAUUUAUCAAAUACUCUGUGGUUAUUGACGUCCUGUCGGUGUCUGAAAUAUCUUCUGUAACGUUUGUCGACAACGUUGUGUAGAAAAUGUCAUGACAUUCGUGUUAAAUAAUAAUUCCUAAACAUUCUGCAUGUUGCUAAAUAAUUAAGAUAAAAUGUACAAAGCAGUAUCAACAAUAUCAACUUAUACAGACAUUUAACUCUUGCUGGAUCAACCAGUAACACGUUGAAAUCUUAUUUAUGAAGGUUUAUUUAUGACUCCUUCCUAUAUGUACUCAUUUACGUUUACAGCUGUGUAAAACUCAAGAAAACAUGAGGUCAGCAGUUUGUAUCGUGUCAUAUCAUAUGUCUAAUAUUAUUUUAUUCUGGUUAAAUGGGACAACGACAAACUCAAUGUUAUUUUUAUACAACGAAACGGCGCAAUAAUGAAAAUCCUGAAGGAGAGGACUGUGUGAGGAUGGGGGAGAAAGGAGGAGCUGAUGACCUGAAGUGUUGGUUUGAUAAAUCCUGCGAAGUUCCUCAUAAAAGUAUUUGUGAGAAACCAGCAGCAACCGAAGGGGAUUCAUUUAAGAUUUAAGUAUUAAGACUUGAACUGCAAUUUUAAAUGAAACUAUCUGCUGUUUCUAACUUGUCCAUUAUUUUUAGUCAAACCAUGACUCCCAGAACUAAACAGCAGAUGGCAGCAAUGUGUUGACACUUUAGAUCAGAGGAAACAUUCAGACCUAUUUCAUUUCAAGUUAUGAUCUAUAAACAACAACCGGAUUUUCCCUUUGUUUUAGUACAAGAAGCACAUUCUGAAAAUGUUUACACUUAAUGAACUAUCCUUCUACAAAACACUUUAAGAACCUUCUGACAAGAAUAAGUGCAGUUUCAGGAUAUUGCUGCCAUCUGCUGUUCUGACGAUGCCUCUGAUUGGUCGAUAGAUGUGUUGUCACCAGUAAUCUCGUUAGCCAUUGGAUUUUUCCUAUAACAGUAAAUUAAAUAAGUAAUCCUAAAAAUAAUAAUCACAUAAGAUUCAUCCAUGCAGAUUUUCAAACUUAGUACAUUUAUAUCACAACAAUUCAUCAUGAAUUGUGAAUAUCUGCUGACUUUAUUAUUUUAUUGUGUAUGACUAUAUUCAAUUUAAAUCAUUUAUAUGUCAGCUAAUCUGUAUAAUCUGUUUUUAUUCUGAAAGGAAAGUCACUCUUUACUGUGACCAGGUUAAAUUUACCAGAUACUAGAAACUAUGUGAAGAUUAUUAUUAUUAUUAUUAUUAUUAUUAUGAUGCAGAAACACUGUUUACUUGACAACACCACAGCCAUUAAAGCUGCCUGUUAAAAAUACAAUAAUAUGCAAUAAUUUACACUUUCCCUCUUUAUUUUCCUGGCAUGAAUUUAAAUGUGACUCAUGAGUAAACAGACAACUGGGAGCAACAUGUUUCAAGUGUUUUUUAUUUCACUUCACACCCUGAAAACGCCGAGUUGAGCUCAUUCUGAUGCCGUGUUUGAGUUUUCCCUGCAGCAGAAUGCCGCUUCCUUUUCGUGCCAUUUCCUUCACUUUUCUUUUGGAGCUGCUGACGCUUUGAGACACAUAACAAAGGCAAACGCAUGUGACAACAACGUGAGAACGUACAAACAUCAGGUUUCGUCUAUUUACAAAAAAAAAUAAAAUAAAAUGGGACUGAGUUCGCAGGUUUGGACAGUUUAGUCAAACCCUGACGCGUCACUCGGAAGCAUCUCCAAGCUGAAGCUCUUAUUUCACCGCAUUAUCAUUUCCAACUCCGUCUAAGCUUCUUUCGCUUUUCCAGUGUUUGUGACGACACAGCAAAUACUAUAAACUGUAUAGAGGGAGGCCAAUGUGCAAUAUACAGAUUAGCGGGAGGACGUUUAAAGACAUAUCACCACAUCUUUCCCCUGAGCAGAAGCCACUUUAAGAGAAUUCUCCCUAAUGCAACAACACGUUUGUUCCUGAAGAACGAAAUAAC